CCCUUUAAAUUGUAAUGCACGACCACAACUUGUAAAACUUUACUUGUAAAAAAGAGAUAAGUCUAUCUACAUCUGCUGUAAAAUUAGAAAAAAGUUGGAGAAGCUAUAUUUUAAAGAGAAAUGGAUACAAAAAAUACAUUUUGUUUUUUAAGUGGGGAUUUUUUGUGAAAACUGCGUUUUGCAAGUGUUGUUACUUGUUUACGUUGACUGAGAAAUCGUGGUAAUCAAAAUCAAAUAUUAAAACAGUAUGUAAUGUGUAGGUAGAGUUUCGUCUUAUUUACAGGACGAAGUUAUUUGUGUUUGUUUACCUUUCAAUUAAUCGAAUAAGUCUUAGAAUGGAAAUAUUACUGCCUGAAGAGAUAGUAGUGAAAAUCGGUUUAUACUUAGAUGCUAAGGAUGUUCUAAGCAGUUGUUUGGUGUCUAAAUUCUGGAGGAACGCACUCAAUAACAACAAAAUUUGGUUUAACUUGUGUCGGAAAGAGUUUUGGUUGGAAAAGAUGGAGAACCCGAUUUUAGAUGUUAGGAGUUGCCGGUUUUAUCCAGCAUUUUCUCACCCUGUGAACGAUUGUGACCAACUGUCUGAUAUUUGCCCUUGGAGGGUGCGCUUCAUGCAGGAAAUGAGGAUAUCGAGAAAUUGGAAAAAUGGUAAAUUUCGUGAACAGCCAAUGAGAGAAGCUGAGGCACAGGAAUUGGAGCGGAUAUCGAAGGUGGAUAUGCUAUGCGGUGAAGAUUUUAUAAUCGCUCCUUACCAGAUGAACAACACUCAUAAAUUUAGGAUCUGGGAAUUCAAGAACGAUAUUUUUGAAACGGUUCCCAUAGUUUGCUCUCAUCGUUUUGAAAAUGUAGACUUUUUUAAUCUCACCGACUGUGGUUUUAUAUAUGUACAGUCAAACUUGUUGGUGUAUUAUGUCAAAAAAGAAAAUUGUAUUUUUACACGCCAGUUGCGAGUGUUAAUUACUGAAGAACCAACAGCUUCAAAAAAUAUUCCCGAUGAUGAAGACAUCACAAAUUGGUACGACAAAAAUGUGAAACAAACACAUGGGUUUUAUUCUUUCUGUAACAGCAGCAGGUAUUUUGUCGCACCAAUUUCAUACAUAUCUGGUGCUAAGUUUCACAUUUGGGACAUCCAGGAAGGUACUAAACGCACUGAAUUCUUAAAUCCUGGAAUGAAUUUUUUUGAUAUAUCUAUGAGGCUAACACUUCGGAAUUCUACAUUAUUGAUAGAUUUUGCAUUUCAGGGUGCUGGCCCUGUCAACUUUUACCCUAUAUUCCAUUACGAUUUGAACACAAAAACUUUCACUAAAAUAAAUAUGAGUAUCCCUUGUCCUGUGAGGUACCCGUUAAUAACUGAAGAGCACAUAAUUAGUAUGGAUCACAAUGCGCAUUCAGUCGCAUUUUGGGAUAACAAAACUGGUGCUGUUGUUUCUACAAUAAAUUAUGAUGAGAACUUCUCAACAAAUGAUGAUGAUUUAAUGCUCAUCAGUCCAUCUUAUAUUACUGUUUUCAGUAGCUCCAAGGGUAAAAUUAGGUUGUUUAGUACAAAAUCCAUUAAUUUUGAUGGAGAAAUAAUGGUGAAUGACUAUCUUGAUUCUAUUCAAUUCAUUAAGCCUGAUAUGAUACUUGUACAGAUAGAUUCAAUGUACAAGAGGGAUCAAAUUUUUACAGAAUUAUGGGAUAUAAAAACUAGACAAAAAGUGCAAACCUGUUACCCGACUUGCUGUCUAAUUAACAAAUCUAGGACUAAAAUGAUUGAUAUAAAACAACAUCGCAUUCUGCAUUUUUGGGAAACUUAGAAUUGACUACAUAGCUGCUUUGUAAUCACUACAGUGUGUGGCCAAUGAAAUAAGUCUGUUAACAUCAAAUUUACAACAUAUUGAAAAUUAUUUAAUCAAAUUACUAAAUAUAAGCACAGGUAUAAAAUGGUGAAUAACCUAAAAUCAGAAUAAAGUAACAGUAAGUAAUUAAUAAUAUUAAUUUGUUGAAGUAGUGAGGAGCAGUCAGGAACCUCAACAAAUUUUGAAACGACAAACAUUGAACAAUUGGUCACUAAAUAACACAUAUUAUUUCUGUAAGUCAGUAUUUUUUUUUUUUUUUUUUUAAAUAAGUAAAAGUGGUAAUUGGUUUAUUGAGAGGUCGCCAUUUUAAACAUUCUUUGUCUUUAUUAUGUAUUUAUAAUAUUUACAAUUUCAGAAAAUUUGUUCAACAUGUUCUCAUUUAAGCGUAAGUGUGCUCAAGUGGAUUUAUGACAUUACAAAGGGCUAUAAUUCUGCUGAUAUUAAUAUUUUCCUCAAAAUUUAUAACACUGUGUGUAUUACAGAUGUCAAAAAACAUCAAAUUUACCUAAUUUUCUUUAGCCGAGAUUAGACUACAAUAGUUACAUUAAAAACAUCAUGACAGGCUAUGUUAAUAUUAAUACAAUUUAUAAAAUAACAGUAGGCUCCUUUCUUUUCUCCCAGAUGUUAACAAAAUGGUCAAUCGCUAAAAUAGAAAUAGCAGCCUGGGGGGAUAGAGACUAGAUAAUCUCGACUAUAGGAAAUUAUUUGAACAUAUGCAUAUUUUUUAAUGAUCUUAAAAAAAAAAAAAAAAAAAAAAAAAAAAAAA